GCAACCUUAAGAGGUUGGCUCUGUUCCUAUUAAUGAUUCACUGUUAUUUUUUCAUUCUUAUACCAGCUCUGGUUUCUCUAACGACAGACACCCCUAGACCGUCACACAGAUGAGGCAGUGGUCUGUUUACAGAGCACUUUCACACAUAUCGCCUCACUGGACCUCUUGGCAGACAGAUCAGGGACUGUUACCUUCCAUUUACUGGUGGGGAAAGUGGGCUUCACAAAUGGAAAGCCAUCCCCAAAGUCAUGCAGAACAAGUCAAGGCUUCUGGCUCUCAGCUUUCUAUACUGUUAAUUCAGACUGCCUUCUUACUACCACCACUAACCGUGUCAUAAAAUAUUGAGAAACUUUGUGAACAAGAUGGAAGAUCAUUGUCUCAGAAAUCUAAGCCAAGAUGGUUGCUAUGAUUAAACUUGUAACAUGGCUUUGAGCUUCCUGACAGCCAAAGCAAAAAGGAAAUGUCAUCAGUAGCCAAGCUGUCAGGGGUAAGCAAAGGAAACAUAUUCACUUAUGAAUAGAGACACACUUGUUCCUGAUACUGAAGAAAGGCGACUGUAUUGGAUAGCUUUUGCAGAGGGAUAUGACAUACCAGUUGUUGGGGCCACUGACUGUGUUGGGGGAAUUGCCAGAUUCUUGCAUUAGCAGGGGUCUUGCUUUUGAAGCCAUCUGUCUGAAGGGGUCAUUCCCAGCUGUAGCUGGGAGGCUACUGUGAGUAUGGUAUAUGUUUCAUGCCGAAGGCAGGGGGGAAGUAAGGAUAGCAGUUGUGACCACUGGAGAAGAGAUCUUCAUAAAAGGGCCUACAGUGUCACUGGCAAGGGUUUUGAUCUUUGGAAGCCAACAGACCUGGAUUUUUAAAAAAAAUUCCCAUUUAAAUAUUUUAACGUAAUGAACACUGCAUAGUUUCCUAUGCAUAGCUGCCAUUAGGAACCACCACGAACUGGUUGAUUUAAAACAACAGAAAUUUAUUCUCUGACAGUUCUGGAGGUUACAAGUUCAACAGCAAGUCACCAGGAGGGCCGUCAUCUUCCUGAAGGUUCUAGGAAAAAUCCUUCCUUGUUCUCCCCAGCGUCAGCUGGCAGCCCUUGACAUGCAGCUGCCUCGUCCCAAUCUCUGCCUCAGUCUUCAUGUAGCCGUCUUCUCUCUGGGUUUGAACCUCCCUCUCCCUGUCUUCUGAAGACAUCAGUCAUUGGAUUUAGGGCCCACACUCAUCUCAUAUAACCUCACCUGAACUAAUUACAUAUGCAAAUAAGGUCACAUUCUGAGGUCCCAGGUGCACAUGAAUUUGGGGGGGACACUAUCCAACCUGCUACAGACACAUUCAGCUCUUACCAUGUGCCAACUGCUGUCCUAGUGCUUUACAAGCUCUAAUUCCUUCAAUCCUUGCGACGAUGCUCUGAGCCAAGAACCAUUGUUAUCCCCAUUGACUGAUGAGGACACGGAGGCACUGAAAGGUCAAGUCACUCCCCGCAGGCCACACAGCCCGUGAGUGGCACAGAAAGCAGACUGGCUCCUGGGUCUGUGCUCUUAGCCACCACCAAGUGCUGCCUCUCCCAGCGGCUCUCUUUCCCAGCGGAGACACUCUGGGUAAGUCACUCAAAUGUCCUGUCUGUAAUAGCACCUACUUGAGGCGGUUGUUGUGGGGACGAGUUCCAUUCCGUGGCAGGUACACAGCCAGCACAUAGUAGGUGCUUAGUGAACGGAAUCUGAUGACAUAACCACCGUCAUUAUUAUUCUACUAUUAUUUGCUCCCACCAUGGGAAGCCGCCAGUCAAAGGAAGUCUGGGGACAGGUCACCUGAACUCUAGUCUUGGUUCAGGCAGACCUCCCUAUAGUCUCCAGUAAGUCACUUCCUCUUCCCGGGCCCCAGUUUUCCCAUAUGAGAUAUGGGCCAAUUAGGCGCGUCCUCCUGCUCACAGGUGGAAUGAUCCAGUGGGAAGGGCCGGGGGCUGCCCAUCUCCCCCAUGCGGUGACAGGUGAGGUGUUUUUGGGGAAGCCUUUGGAGGGGCUGAACUCAGCCCCCGGCUGCACCUGGACCAGGCUGCAUUUGGCCGGCAGCUCCUCUGAAACAGCUACCCUGGCCCCUUGGGACUCCUGACCCAGGGCACCACAAGGGAUCGAUCAGCCCUGGCCUUGGGGCCCUGAUUGGUCCCAGCUGAGCAGGGCAAAAUGCAAGGUCACCUACAGCUGCAGGCCCCUUCCCCAGCCUCAGUUCACGGCUGCCUCGAGCAAGGAGGUAGUGGCUUUUCUUUCCCCAGACCGAGCCCGUGAGUGUCACCCAGGGAGCCCAGAGCCAUGCGGAGUCUCGGGGCCCUGCUGCUGCUGCUGACCGCCUGCCUGGCGGUGAGGGCCAGCCCUGUGCCGACACAGCCCAACGACAUCCAAGUGCAGGAGAACUUCGACCUUUCCCGGAUCUACGGGAAGUGGUUCCUCGUGGCCGUGGGCUCCACCUGCCCGUGGCUGAAGAGGUUCAAGGACAAGAUGACCGUGAGCACGCUGGUGCUGGGGGAGGGAGCGACCAAGAGGGAGAUCAGCACGACCAACAUUCAUUGGCGGAAAGGUGUCUGUGAGAAGUUCUCUGGGACUUAUGAGAAAACCAGCACUGAUGGAAAGUUCCUCUAUCACAAAUCCAAAUGGAACAUGACCAUGGAGUCCUACGUGGUCCACACCAACUAUGAUGAGUACGCCAUUUUUCUGACCAAGAAAUUCAGCCGCCACCAUGGACCCACCAUUACUGCCAAGCUCUAUGGGCGGGAGCCAGAGCUUCGGGAGAGUCUGCUGGAGGAGUUCAGAGAGGUUGCCCUGGGUGUGGACAUCCCUGAGGACUCCAUCUUCACAUUGCCCAAUAGGGGUGAGUGUGUCCCUGGGGAACAGGAACCAGAGCCCACUCCACUCUCGAGAGCCCGGCGGGCUGUGCUGCCCCAAGAAGAGGAAGGAUCGGGGGCUGGACUAUCAGUAACUGAUUUCAGCAAGAAGGAAGAUUCCUGCCAGCUGGGCUUCUCACAAGGUCCUUGCCUGGGGAUGAUCAAGAGGUAUUUCUAUAACGGCUCAUCCAUGGCCUGUGAGACCUUCCACUAUGGCGGCUGCAUGGGUAACGGCAACAACUUCAUCUCGGAGAAGGAGUGCCUGCAGACCUGCCGAACUGUGGAGGCCUGCAAUCUCCCCAUAGUCCCCGGCCCCUGCCGAAGCACCAUCCGGCUCUGGGCAUUUGAUGCUGUCCAGGGGAAGUGCGUCCCUUUCUUCUAUGGGGGCUGCAAGGGCAACGGCAACCAGUUCUACUCGGAGAAGGAGUGCAAGGAGUACUGUGGAGUCCCUGGUGAAGGGGAUGAGGAGCUGCUGCGCAUCUCCAACUGACCGGCCAGAGGUCCACAGGCCAGCAGGGAGGGCGUGGGCCAGUGUCUGCCCCAGUGCCCCACGGCAGGUUCCAAUAAAAACCAAAUUGUAGACUCCUGAA